GUUGUGUGGCGGAAGUGACGUCAGAGGCCACGCCAGAAGUGGCCCGGGCCUAGGCGGGAGUCUGAGGCGCGUCGGCAUGGGGAAACAAAAGAAAGCCAAGAAAUACGCGACUAUGAAGCGGAUGCUCAGCCUCCGCGACCAGAGACUGAAAGAAAAGGAUCGGUUGAAACCGAAAAAGACGGUGAAGAAAGAUCCCAGUGCCCUGAAGGAAAGAGAAGUCCCCCAGCAUCCGUCCUGCUUAUUCUUCCAGUACAACACCCAGCUGGGGCCUCCGUACUACAUCCUGGUCGACACCAACUUCAUCAACUUCUCCAUUAAGGCCAAACUGGACUUGGUGCAGUCGAUGAUGGACUGCCUCUACGCCAAAUGUAUCCCCUGUAUAACCGACUGCGUGAUGGCUGAAAUUGAAAAACUGGGGCAGAAAUACCGAGUGGCCCUGAGGAUUGCCAAGGAUCCACGAUUUGAACGUCUGCCCUGUUCGCACAAGGGGACGUACGCAGACGACUGCCUGGUCCAAAGGGUCACUCAGCACAAAUGUUACAUCGUGGCCACGGUGGACAGGGAGCUGAAACGAAGGAUCCGGAAGAUCCCCGGCGUUCCCAUCAUGUAUAUUUCCAACCACAGGUACAACAUCGAAAGGAUGCCAGACGACUACGGGGCUCCACGGUUCUAACUUCAGCGAAGCGAUGGGUCACCUCCGCCCCCCAAAACAUGGCGAAUUCCAUUCCUUUCCCACCCUCCCUCCCCACUUCGGCUGUUCUUCGUUCCUCCUCGGCUCUCUUUUGCCCCGUCGGCGAAGGCCCCGUUUGGGUUUCCUUGGGGUCUUGCAGAAACCGAAUCCGUUCAGAGGGAACUGCGAACCAGAUCAUUCCCUCCCCGGGGAACGGGAUUUGCCUGAAUUUCCCCGGCAGCGUCUCUUUCCCCACCCGAGCCUCUCCGCACCGCAUCGCACCGCUUCGUAAACCGGGAAUCCGGCACGCAGUCGAGGGGUUGGGCGACGGCCUCGUCUGAUUAUCGGGAACGUUUCCCAGCCGUCUUGGGUUAAGAGCCCCAAAUCCCGGCCUCCGCGUAGCCCGGAGCGUUGGAAAAUUUUAAAAGGAAACCCAAAACAGCCACUGUUUCGGCAUCCGCGCAAAUUCCGCGGGCUGGCUUUGGAUAAGGAUAUUUACAGUAGGUCUCAUCCUAGUUUCUCAGCUAGUAGCUGACGGGCGCCGUCGGUUUUGCAGCCGCUUGUACCGUCUGCUUUCUCCUCCCUGUCCUGUUUUCCUGUUUUUCCCCCCCUUCCCAGUCAAGAUUCCCAGUGGCGCCGUCUCCUCGGCACGAAAUCCCCGGCUUCCCGAACGCCACGGUGGGAAGCCCGGUAACGGAGGAUCUCUUUGGUCACGGCGAGCAGCGCGGCUGAAUUAUCAGCUCAGGUCUCCGGGCUUAACGGGAUCCUUUCACGCUUUUUACUUCCUCCCCCUUGACCCUUUUCCCAAUAAACGAACACUGAUCGCGGAAACUUGGAAGUGUGAA